GUCAGUGUGUUUCAGUCGGUGUUGUUCAUCUGCAGCUGAUCUGCCCUCAGCUCACACACACACACACACACGCACACACACGCACACACACACACAUUCCACUGCACCACCACCCACUCGUGGACUGCUAACCGGACCGCCCCCCCUCAUGGACAGGUGACCGGCCUUCUGUUGGACAGUGGGGUCUGCUGCAGUGGGACAUAUUUGUGGGCUGGAUCAGAUCGGAUUGUCAGUUCGGUUUCUGCUGUCAGUUCGGUUCCGGUUCUGUUUCCGCCAUGGGCUUCUACGGCACCCUGAAGCUCAUCUUCUACAAAAUGAAGAGGAAGUUGGACCAUGGUCCAGAUGGACGAACGUUUCCUUCAGGGAAGAAACACUGCAAAGGCAACGGAUACCUCAGUCCCUCCAGUCUGAUUCAGGCCACGCCCACCACUUUUGGAGACCUACGGUUGGCCAAUGGGCAUUCGGCUCAGCGGAGGCGGGUCACCUCAGGUCCGCCCCCUUCUGGUCUGCAGGACUGGCUGCACAUUUUCCAAGCGUGGAGCGGUCCAGAGCGGCUCCUGGCUCUGGACGAGCUGAUUGACAGGUGUGAGACCAACCAGGUGAAGCACAUGAUGCAGGUGAUCCAGCCCCAGUUUCAGAGGGACUUCAUAUCACUACUGCCCAAAGAGCUGGCUCUGUACGUGCUGACCUUCCUGGCUCCCUCAGACCUGCUGCAGGCCGCUCAGACCUGCAGGUACUGGAGGAUCCUGGCUGAAGAUAACCUGCUGUGGAGGGAGAAGUGCAGAGAACAAGGUAUAUCCCAGUAUAGUUCAUCUUGGAGGAGGACAUGUGUGAGGCCAGGUGCUGCCGUCAGUCCGUGGAAGUCGGCCUACAUCAGACAACACCGCAUCGAGAACAACUGGAGGAACGGGGACACUGGAGAACCCAUGGUGCUAAAGGGUCAUGACGAUCAUGUGAUCACAUGCCUCCAGUUCAGCGGUGACCUGAUCGUCAGCGGCUCUGACGACAACACACUUAAAGUCUGGUCGGCCAUCACUGGAAAGUGUUUACGGACGCUCACCGGUCACACUGGUGGGGUGUGGUGCAGUCAGAUGGCUGUUACCACGGUGAUCAGCGGCUCCACCGACAGGACGCUGCGUGUGUGGGAUGCCGACAGCGGACAGUGUGUCCACACGCUGUACGGACACACCUCCACCGUGCGCUGCAUGCAUCUCCAUGGCAACCGGGUGGUGUCCGGCUCCAGAGACACCACACUUCGUGUUUGGGACGUGUCGACAGGACGCUGCGAACACGUGCUGACGGGACACGUGGCGGCGGUGCGCUGCGUUCAGUAUGACGGACGCCGAGUGGUGUCAGGAGGAUACGACUACAUGGUGAAAGUGUGGGACGCAGAGAGUGAAGUGUGUCUGCACACACUGCAAGGACACACUAACAGAGUGUACUCACUACAGUUUGAUGGUGUGUUUGUGGUCAGUGGUUCGUUGGAUACUUCCAUCAGAGUCUGGGAUGCAGAAACAGGUGGGUGUGUCCACACGCUGACCGGACACCAGUCUCUGACCAGUGGGAUGGAGCUGCGAGACAACAUCCUGGUGUCUGGGAACGCCGACUCCACCGUCCGAGUGUGGGACAUCCGGACUGGACAGUGUCUGCAUACGUUACAAGGUCCUCAUAAACACCAGUCUGCGGUGACGUGCCUUCAGUUCUGCCGUGGCCUGGUUCUGUCCAGUUCUGAUGAUGGGACGGUCAAACUGUGGGACCUGAGGACCGGCGCCUGGAUCCGAGACGUGGUGGCGCUGCAGAGCCGAGGAUCAGGUGGUGUGGUGUGGAGAAUCCGAGCGUCGGACACUCGUCUGGUUUGUGCCGCCGGCAGCAGAAACGGUACAGAGGAAACCAAACUGCUGGUUCUGGACUUUGACCUGGAUGACAGGAAGAAGGAGACGGACUGAAGAGGAGAAGGAGGAGGAGAGAA